AUGGAGUACUCCCUUAGCAAGCCAAAGCCAAGAGCACUACUCCCUGACGAGGCGAAAAAGCUAUCUAUCACCGUCCUCAUGAUCUCCCUCCCUCUCCUCUAUGUCGCCCUCUUCCCCGUCCGGCUCUCCUCCCUCCACCAAGACUCCGUCUUCUGGUUCCUCGUUUCCAACUCCAUCAUCCUCAUCAUCGCCGUGGACUCUUGCACCUUCUCGUCAAACCAUGUGUGUGAUAUCUAUGAUGAGUUCAUCAAGCAUGGUCGCACGAGGCAAGUCGAACUGAGUCUCCCCUUGUCUUCAAGGCCUUCGAUGAAGAUAGCGGAUUGCAAUGAUAACUGCGAGGAACAAGAGAAUGACGAGCUCAUCCAGCAUAGUAGCGUAGGCAAAGGUGCACCUCCUACGAAGAUUGAUAAUCACAAAAGGCCAACACCUCUUAACAAAAGUGCUAGCACAAAGUUUGAAACGUCGACGGUCGACAGGCAAACGAAGUCACUGCGUCGGUCAAUGACCGAGAAGAAAAUUGAGUAUGAAGUCCGUGAAGAGGAGGAAGAUACUGAGGCUGAUGAGUACUCGAGCAUGUCCCUCGAGGAGCUCAAUGAGAGAGUGGAAGAGUUCAUCAGAAGGUUCAACAGGGAGAUGAGGCUUCAAAAUGAAUGA